GUAUCUCCCUUUGUUUGUGGGCUACCUGUUGUUCUUUCCUUCUCCCUCGCUCUCCUUCUGCAAGCCAAAACGCUGUACUAUUUCACUCCUUUCCAUCAAAUCGAAGAUUUUCCAAGCUUCAGCAUUUCCAUUGCAGAUGGCUUUGCAGACAGCAAACCCCCCAACCACUCCCAGUGCCCAAGUCGUUGGCAAUGCUUUUGUUGAGCAGUAUUACCAUAUUCUACAUCACUUACCAGAAUUGGUUCAUAGAAUUUAUCAGGAUUCAAGUGUGCUUAGCCGACCAGAUAUCAAUGGGCAAAUGAUAUCGGUCACGACAAUGCAAAAUCCUAAAGUUAACCAUGUUGAAAAUGUGCCUAGAGCCUCCUCCCCAAUGCCCGCAGCUGAGCCAGCUCAUGUUCCCAAACCUCCUUCCCCUGACCCAUCAACUUCUAAUGUGGACAAGCAUCAAAAUGCAGCUGAGAAAGCUUAUGAGCCAUCAGACUGUCAGAUACUAUUAGGAAAUGAAAAAGUAACUAUUGAAGAGUCCCAGUCACAGUCAAAUGGGAAUGAAGUUCCUGUUGGGCCAGAUAAAGUUCAUGUACCUACUAAUCCUGCAAAAGUAGCACCAAAGAAAAUUGAGAACCAGCCUAUUGCUUCAGCAUCAACUCCUCCAACAGAAACAGCUGCACCUAGUAGCAUUGAUGUGCCUGAGAAUGACAACAAUCAUGAGGAAGCUGAGGGCUACUCCAUUUACAUUCGUAAUUUGCCCUUCAAUGUGACUCCUACUCAGCUUGAGCAGGAGUUUAAGAGGUUUGGACCUAUCAAACAGGGAGGCAUCCAAGUUACAAAUAAUAGGGUAGGUUUGAAAUGCACUACAUGGCUAGACAUUUUUUCCCCACUUGCUUUCAUUUAUUGAUAUCCCCCUUUCUUUCGUCAUUCAGCAACAAGGAUACUGUUUUUGUUUUUGUUGAAUUUCUGUCCUAGAGCUCCAUGAAUGUUGCGAUCCAGGUAUGUCCUCAUCAAUGUGAGGUACUGGUUUAUGUUGAUAUUAGAAUAUUCAUGGUUGUUUGUUUACGCUUCUUAUGUUUUUUGCCAUCAAAAUCAAGCCUACCUGCUAUAUUUUUAAGGGUGAUACAGAGUGAAACAAGUAAAAAGAGGUAAAGAAAAUGAGGAAUGAAUAAAAUGCAAUAAGAAUG